GUGUAGAAGCAAUAGCCAAAGCUCUUUGUAAAAAUGUUAGUUUAACUUACCUGAACCUCGCUGGUAAUAACAUUACUUCUUCAUAUGGAAUUCUAUCAGAAGCACUUUGUAAAAAUACCAGAUUGACCUCCUUAGAUCUUCAUAAUAAUCGACCUACUACUUUAGAUUUAAAAUUAUUAGCAAAAGCACUUAGCAAAAAUACCACUUUAACUGAUUUAAAUCUAAAUAGUAAUCAUAUAAGUACUACUGAAGGUAAAAAAAGCAUUGAUAAACGUGCAGAGGAUAUAAAGGAGAGGAUCAUGAUCAUUGGUGAAGUUAAAUACCGAAAGUAUCAACCAAAUUAUUCGCGACAGCGAACUGUACUAGGAUUAGGGCAACUACUUGUUGCCCAUUGGUUGCAAGGUCAAUAG